CCACUGCUCAAAACCCGCCACUGCCUUCCACUCAGCACUUUCCCAGGACUCCCCACUGGAACACCAUGAAGAUCCUUGUGGUUAUGCUGGCCUUGGCCAUGGCUGCGGGAUCCAAACCUUUCACCCUAGGAGGUCAAUCGGACUCCAGGCUGGCCAAGUUAGUCCGGGACACCAAAGAGCACAAGCAAAACAUCUCCUUCGUAUUCUUUAAAACGUUGAUAGAAAUCGAUAAAUCAGAGGUUGGCCGGGAGUUGCAAGAAAAGAUAAGACCUGUCAUUUCAAAACUCAGUGUCUACUUAAACAAGCUGGGGCGGGAGUUGUCCUCUGAAGCCUCAAACACAUAUGGCCUAAUUGGUGAGGUAUCCCGGGGAGUGCUGGAUAAAGGUCAAAUGCUCCUGAAUGGCGCGAGGAGAAAGAUGAGGCCUGAAACAGAGAAGUUCUCUGAGAUUCUGCAGUCGUACACUGAACCUUUCCUAGAAAGGGUGGAACCAUCCAUAAAGUCCCUCUUGAGUUCCCUCAGCACCAUGACUGAGGAGGUGGACACCAAGUUGAAUAAGAAUCUGUCUGAGUGGCUGGGCUCCUUCCGACCUUGGCUGAGCCCUUAUAUCAUCGGUUUUGAAAAAUUCCACGAAUCCCUUGUGCCUGUCGCCAACCAGCUGCAGGAGGCGGUCAGACGAAGAAUGGAAGGGUUCCACCGACAACUUUGGUCUCACUUUGGACACAUUCUGGUGGUAUUCGAAAAACACAGGCAGGAGUUUAGGGAGUGGGUGGACCGCCCGGUCUUUCCCCAAGACCAAUGAUUUUUCACACCAGUAACAGAUGAGAUGGUCUUAACCAACUUCUGAAUGGAAACCGGUGAAGAAGGGGAUAUACUGCAACCGCAGCAACAUGGCAGGUGUAACCUCCCUCCCCUUCCAGAUCAUGUAAUAAAGGACAUCUCUCUAAA